AUGGGAAGCUCACAUGGAAAGCUUUCUAAGGAAGAAUUAGAAAAGCUUUCCAAAGACACAAACUUUAGCAUAAAAGAAUUAAAGGAAUGGCACGCUGGCUUCCUCAAAGAUUGUCCUAGUGGCAACCUUGAUCGUCGUCGAUUCAGAGAUGUAUACUCUUCCUUUUUUCCUGGAGGCGAUGCCGGAAAGUUUGCGGAUAUCGUAUUUCGAUCAUUUGACACAGACAAUAACGGUGCUAUAAGCUUUCAAGAAUUUAUGGUUGCGAUGAGUGUCACUUCUAAAGGAAAUAUCGAGCAGAAACUUAGUUGGGCCUUCGACAUGUAUGAUAUCGAUGGCAAUGGCUACAUUACACUUGAUGAGCUAACUGAAAUAAUUAGAGUAAGUUUAAUAAAUAUUUAA